AUGACCGAAGUAGAUAUCAAAGUCAUCAGGAGAACACAAGAAUCUCUGGGGAAAAUUAUAAAGAGACCAGUCCUCACGGACAAACUUUUGGGGAGGCCUCCUUUUCGAUUUCUACACGAUAUUUGCACAGCAAUUAUCAGGGCGACAGGAGUGAUGAAAGGUUUAUAUACACAAGAAGAAUUAAAUGCUGAUAAUGUUAAAGAUAAGGACAAAAAGUUGGCAUUUCUUCAGAAACUGGUAGAUUUUUUGGCUGUUGUGCAUGGUCGCCCUAUUCCCAUUAGAAUUAUGAGUAUUGUUGCGGGGAAGGAAGCAGAGAAGACGAACGAAAUGCUCUACUUACUUGCCGAAGCUGUUAACAAAGGGGUUAACAAUGAAGAAUGUGUAGCUCGUGUACUUCAUGGUAUGCAUAAAAAUGAAACCAAAACGAAACAAGUUGAAAAGCGACAAGAAUCUGAAACCAGACGACCAAAGGAAAAAGCUGACAGUGGACAAAAUGUUUUCGAUAACCGAAGGAGGCAGGCGAAAAAAAACCGAAAAGAAGAAAAUCAAGAUGAUGAAAAACCUGAUAAAUUGGCAAAUGGUCCCUCAACUGAUGGCGAUAAAAAUAUUGGGUCUAACAGAAUGAGUUCCAAUGAACUAGUUAAUAUGGAAAAAUAUGAUAAUGGAAGAGAAACUGUUUUAUCUCAAGAUGCUAACAGUCGUGUAGGGAGCCUCUGUGACUCUAGAACACUGGAUAGAUUACAAGAAGACUCUUCAAUGGCUGUACUUUCGAAUUCAGAAAUUCCCUCUCAGCAAACGCGAAAUCAUCGUCCUGCAUCUGCAAAAGGAUAUAGGAUUAAAAAAGAUGCUGUACCAGAAGCAAGUAUACCUGUCACUCAAGCAGAGAAUAAACCAGAACCGGUUCCAAAUCCUAGAUUAGCUCCACCUCGCCCAAGACGUUCAUCAGACUUGGUAAUUGUGGAUAACCAAAAGCCAACUGGUAUAACAGGUUGUCGAGUAUCUGGACUAAUCCUUUCUGAUACACAACAAGAUACAGAUGAAGAUGAUGAUAAUGAAGAUGCCAGAUUUGUUAUUGAAGAGACUAUUGGUGGUGAAUCCGGUGAGCUUUCAACAAAUCAUCAGAAUAAAACAGAAUCAGAAGAAGGUCAAGAACAUGGCGGUUUAGUAACUAAGAUUUUACAGACGAAAAAAGAAUAUGAAGAUGGAAAUCUACUUAGCAAAGAAAAAUCAAAGUUACAGACUAGUGGACCAAAUGAAUUGGCUAGAGAACGUGAAAAAGCUUUAAUGGAGAAAGAAAUUAAUCGUUUGUGCAAUUCACUUCAAACAUUAUCGCGUUCCGCUAUACCUUUGAGCAAACUAAUGGAUUUUGUACAAGAGGAUUUAGAAACAAUGCAACAAGAGUUUGAACGUUGGAAAAAUGAAAAUCAUUCAAUUAAAUCUCAGUUGAAACAAGAAGAAACUUUGACGCAAUCGUGUAUAGAGCCACUAAAGCCCAAUUAG